AUGGCACCGUCAAGAGAAGAUGAUGUUUAUCAAGCGAAACUAGCUGAACAAGCUGAACGUUAUGAAGAAAUGGUUGAUUCAAUGAAAAAGGUUGCUGCGGCUGAUGUUGAGCUGAGUGUCGAAGAAAGAAAUUUAUUGUCAGUUGCAUAUAAAAAUUUGAUUGGUGCACGACGUGCUAGUUGGCGAAUAAUAACAAAUAUUGAAAGUAAAGAAGAGAGCAAAUCAGAAAAUGGUAAAAUGGCACUUAUUAAAAAAUAUCGAUCUCAGGUUGAGAAAGAAUUACGUGAUAUUUGUCAAGAUAUACUGGAUUUGCUUGAUAAACAUCUCUUACCAAACGCAACAACUGGUGAAUCAAAAGUUUUCUAUUUGAAAAUGAAGGGUGAUUAUCAUCGUUAUAAAGCUGAAUUUGCGACAAAUGAUGAUCGUAAAGAAGCAGCUGAAAAUAGUUUGGUUGCUUAUACAAAAGCCCAUGAUAUUGCACAAAAUGAAUUACCUCCAACGCAUCCAAUCAGACUUGGUUUGGCAUUAAAUUUUAGUGUUUUCUACUAUGAAAUACUGAAUACACCGGAACGUGCUUGUCGUCUAGCAAAACAGGCAUUUGAUGAUGCAAUUGCUGAAUUAGAUACAUUGAAUGAAGAUACAUACAAAGAUUCAACAUUAAUUAUGCAAUUAUUACGAGAUAAUUUAACAUUAUGGACAACAGAUAUGCCUGGUGAAGAAGGUGGUCAACAUGAUGUUCAAGAUGUUGAAGAUGAAGAUAAACAUUAG